AUGAUGAAUGAGUUCAACAAGAAUUCAAAGAAGCUAUUCGACACUACCAUUCAGGAUUACAUUCAAGCUGAUCAUCAUCAUCACCAAGGAGACUCUCAACUUGAACUUCAAUUCGAACUCGAUCAAGAACUUUCAUCAAAUCAAUCAAUCGAUGAAGACUAUCAAAUCAACCUGAUCCAAUCCAAUCAGCACUUGUUAUCUCAACUGAAACAUCAAACAUUCGAUUCUGAUUUGAUAUCACCCAAUGAGUUUAUGGAUUGGUUAAAAAUCACCAUCUCACCAUAUCAAUCUCAACAACAAGAACCUUUAAAUCUCAAUGAAAUCAUAAAGAUCAUUCAAUCAGAUCAAUCUCAAGAUUUGAAAUCAAAUCAAUUAUUAGAUUUAUUAGGAUUUCAUUAUUUAUCUCUCAUCGAACCUAUCAUCUCAAAUCAAUCAUUAAUCAAAGAACAAGAUUCAUCAUCUCAUCGAAUCAAUCAUCAUCAAAACAACAAUCAAAACAACCAUUAUCAUAAUCACAACCAUAGAAUCAAAACGAGCUGGAACAGAAGAUACCUUUGA